AUGGUCAAGGCCGUCGUCAAGCGCAAGGCCGAUGACCUGACGAGUACGGGGUUGGCGAAGAUCAACGACGCCUAUUACACCGCCCUCGGCAACGCCGUCAGCCGAGUUUUGCAGAGUGACGCGUUCAAGGAUAUGCGAAGUAAAGCCCCCUUGACAAUCACGCAUGGAGGUUCACGAGAAGCUUUCAAGAAGGAGAGCUUCAGAACCGCCCUCAAGAAAGAUGACUACGUGACAUCGGGGAAUGCUGCGUGGAUCAACGAGAUGUACAACCCGCUCCACGGCGUUCCGCUGAGUUCCACCAGCAUCCAGAACAUCGCGGACCACAACUACAGGACGCCCAGCUCCGUGGGUAACAUCACCUUCGACAUCGCAGCAGAUUCUCACACUUGGAGUCCUGAGGAGCAUAAGGGCGCCCUGAAGCUGGCAGGGCCGAUGGAACCAUUGCACGCGUUGUGGAUCGCUGCCGACAGGGACAUCCAAGCGAACCCCGAGGACACCGACCUUCAUGGUGAGUGGGCCAAGGUUUUCCGGGGCGUGGGCUUUCGCUAUGUCGUCAUUUCAAACGACUUGGACGUGUUCCACCACCAGGAGAACGAGAAAGAGAAGUUAAUCACCCUCGGCGACGCUGUCACGCCCAGUGGCCUGCAAAAGAUCAUGAAGAUCGUGAAUUACAAGAUCCGGUACUUGCAGAAAGAGCAGAAGGACGACAUACCAAAUACAGAGCUGAUGAGGUGGCUCAAGUCGAAGAUUUCAUUGUCUCCCAAGUCGGAGCAGUUCUCAGCUGACUACGUGAACCACGCCAUCUCCACUUUCGACAACGCUAUCUCCAACACUACGAUUUUGGGACUUGUGUCGGAGUGCGAGAAGAUGGGCACCGCCUCCCCUUUCGCUUUCAUUUCUGGGAUGCACAUCAUGGUCCUGAGUGAGACCAUUUGGAUAUUCGCCAGCGCUGUGGACUACGUGAAAAUGGAUUUCGCUGAAAAAAAUGCCUUCGCCACGCGUCAUCUCCAGCCAGAACGCGGCAACAAGAAAAGCAUAUUGGACCUCUUCCUCUUCAAGAAAACCGUCCGCGACUACCUGGUGGACGCGUGGAUGUCGGCCAAGCCUUGGCCAAGCGAGAUCAAGGCGCUCAUCCGGGAGAAGACCAAGGACCACGGGGUAUACCGAAAGAUGGUCCGUGGGUAUCCGGAUGACCACUCCCCGAAGGAUCGCACUUGGAAGAAGGGCUUCUCCAUCAGCGCGAAGCUCUUUUUUGAUAUGGUCGAGGGCGUCGCGUACGACAGGGAGUUUGACCCGUCACUCAAUAAUGCAGUAAAGAACCGAAAGAGCGCAGCCGAGGUACUCGAGUACACGCAGUUCAAGGAGAAGAUCGCCGACAUCGAGAAGCAGAUCACCGACGAGGCAGUAGCGAAGGCGGCGAUGGAUAAGGGGGGCGUGGAGCCAGUCACCACGCCAGCGGGAUCCACAGCGCAGGACGGCGUGAAGCUGGAUGUGCCCAGCGUGGACUCCAAAGAGGUUGAGGAUAAGGAGAAGUUCACCGACUACUGGCAGAAGUACGCGACGGAGUUCCUCAGGACCUACAUCACCCUCAUCUCGGAGCCUCAGACGGAGGCGCAGCUGGCAGCUGCGUUGACGGCCUGCUCGGUGAGCCAGACCAGCGUUGGCGUGAAGGGCCAGGACUAUGUGGCAGCGUUCUUCACAGCAGGGUUGUCAUCAGAAUCCAUCACUGAUCCACACACGCGGGGUGCACCAUUUCGCAAGGAGAGGCUGCUAAAAUGUGGCAAGGCGUUCCUCGCAGCUCGGAGGGAUUUACACCGGAGGAACUCGGGGAGCGACGAUGAGGAGAUAACCAUCGGUCCCGGAGACGUUUUUAUCGCGCUGGACAACCAGAAGCCUGGCAAUUUGAGCAAGUUUACCGACUUCUUGAAAGACUCCCAGGGGAAGAAAGACCAUCUUUUCAAGCGCAAGUUCAUGCUGGUGUACGACUUCCACACCCUUAAGGCCCGCAGGCACCGUUCCAAAGGAAUUGGCACCCUGAAGCAGGAGGAGACCAUGAUCGCAGUGACAAGCGGCGCAGCGUUGCAGGUCCCAUCGAAGAUGCACACCAAGUACCAGGGCCAUAACAACGGGACGUGCAUCGGGCCGAUCAAGCUUACGCCAUUCAAUGAGUGCUGGACGGUCAGCUUCGACGAGAAGAAAGCCAUCUAUGGAAAGUUGCGCCUACCAGUUGGGGGAUCUGGUGACGACGACGGCGAUGAUGGCUGCGGCGACGGAGGCGAUGGAGAUGAGGUUCCCCCGACGAUCGCGGAGUUCGAGGCCGCAGCUUCCUGCCUUUCGACGGAUCCACCAUUCGAGACCCCCAGCAAGAAGACCAAGGUUCGUGCGGGAGCUAACAUCGAGCCCAUGAGCUACUACAGCAUGCCCGAGGAGUUCUUCGCCGAUGUCAUCGACGCCCUUUGCUUGAAAGAUACAUUCGACUUCACGCCAGGAGACGGGGCCAAUGCCAUGGCUCACCUCAGGAGCUGCCGCCAGAUUCCCAGGAGCUACGUGGGCAUCUGCUUCAACGACGUGCACCUCGAGAAGCUCGAAGCACACUUGAUCAAGAUGACGCUGAAAGCCUUCUGCACCUCGUCGGAUCCGCUCUUCCAUCCGCAGUACGCAGCUGGGUUGAAGAACCAUGGUGAGGCGGCGGUGCUGGCGCCGACCAAGGGCCCCAUUCUCAAGGUUCCCAAGGAUUCCGGCGGUGGCGGGGGCCCCAAGGAUCCCAUCAAGGAUACCAAGAAGAACAAGUCCGAGGCGGCCGACGAGGAGGACGUGGACAUGGCGGGCAGUGCAGAGAAGCAAGCGGCAAGCGACGACGCCACCAGCAACAUCGCCGCAGACCAGCCGGCCACCAUCGGCGACAUGACGGGUAACGCCGACGACGCGGGCCACGACACGGGCGGCGCGGAGGCGGCCGACAGCCUUCACGUGGACACGGCGGGUAGCGCCGCAGAGCAGGUGGCAAGCGACGACGACGCCAGCAUCAUCAUGUCUCCAGACAGCGCUGCAGAUCCAGCGGCCGUUGUCGCGGCCAUCGUCGGCGACACGACGGGCAACGCCGAGCACAACGACGCGGGCCACGACGGGAAGGGCUGCGCGGAGGCUGCCGGCGAGGAGGCCGACGUCGACGAGCUGAUCACCCCUAGCGGCGACAGAGACCACGCCAGCGCUGGCAGCGAGGAGGGCAGGUUCCCUGACGCUGGAUCCCGAAUCUCAGUGAUGGACCUCGACGAGCUCCUGCCGGACGAGAAGACUACUGACAAGAAGAAUACCGACAAGAAGAAGAAUACCGACAAGAAGAAGGCCGUCAAGAAGGCCGUCAAGAAGAAUACCGACAAGAAGAAGAAAAGCAGACGUGAUCCGUCACCGUGCUCGUCUUCUUCAUCCUCCGAGGGGGCCGUGCUCUUGCGCCUGGGGACGUUCUUCAGCGGGCUGGAAACUCCAUCGGUCGCCUUGAACCAGAUCGGCCUGCCACACAAGUUAGAGUUUGCGAUUGAGCUAGAGGACUGCCUGCGGACCCUCAUCUACCAGACGUGGCACCCCACGGAGCUGCGCUCGGAUGUGAAUUCUGUCGACAUGAAGGCUUUGCCCGACGUCGACAUCGCUGUUGGGGGAGCUCCGUGCCAGCCAUUUGCCAAGGGUGGCUCAUUGAAAGGCAUGGAGGAUCCACGGGGGCGUCUCGUCUACAAGAUGGUCGAGUACGUGGAGGCCAAGGCCAAGGCUAAUCUUCCAUUGCCGCGCGCCCUCCUCAUGGAGCAGUCCAAGACCUUGAAGAACAAGUGGAGCGACGUUUACGACAACAUCAAAUCUCGUCUUACCAAGCUAGGCUACCGCUUCAAGUCGACCUUCGUCAAUACCAACCUCCAUGGAAUACCCCAAUCACGCGAACGGCUUUACAUGGCGGCCUACUUCAAGGUGCACAAGUUCCACUUUCCCGAGGAGUUGAAGACAACCAUUCCCAUUGAGAAGAUGUUGCACCCGAUGUGGCAGACCGACUUGAAGACCACGCUUGUCCCAACAAACGCAGUGGCGCGGAUUGACCAGGCCCGCAAGGAAGCGGCGGACAGCGGCUACAACCCCGACGUCGACACCGUCUUCGUCGACCUAGACUCGUCAGAGCGUUUCUGGAGUUGGAAGGUUGAUGAGAGCAUGACGUUGACGAGAAGGCGAUGUGAGGGUGGCGGCUGGUUCAUGACGAACCGCGGUCGCCGGCAGACUGUCCGUGAGAUGCUCGCGAUGCAAGGGAUCGUCCCGCGUAGUCUGGGGGACACAACUUGCAUGUCUAGGACGGCGCUGCUGUCUGCGAUCGGCAAUGCCAUGUCAGUCAACGUACUGGAGCGGAUCCUGCCCCGCAUCGCCUGGUCCAUCGGUAAGCUGCCCCAGAAGAUGCACGUCUGGGAUGAUGAGUCCUGGGCGCUGAGGGGAGGCCGUUUCAAUGACGAGUCAUCGUGGUUUCUCUGA